AUGGGGAUGCUAACUUUGACGGCUAGGGAGGUGGGGGGAUGGCGUUCGGUGCUGUGUGGACGGAGGAGACGGGAACAAGGGUCUGUACCUGGCAAACCAGGUCUUUACACAAUUUUUAUGGACAACAUUCCCUUGUCAAUGAAUCCAAAGGGGCUGUAUGAGUUGUUUAAGAAGUUCAGAGUGGUCAGAGAUGUGUGUAUCCCUAAUAAGACUAGGAAAACAACAAGGUUAAGGUUUGGUUUUGUCAGAUAUGAUUGCUCUGUUGCGGCGGAGAUGGCAGCACAAAAGGCUAAUGGAGUGUGGUGUGACGACAAAGCUUUGUGGGGCAAGUUCGCAGAGUUUACAAAAGAUACUUCUGGUGCUAGGGGUAUGGGUCAGUCUGCUAAAGGAAGGAAGGGCAAUAGGAGAGCAGAACAGGUUGGGAGGAGCUAG